AAAAGUGAUGUCUGAACUCUAAGUAAGAGAAUGUAUAUAGUAAGAUCAUAUUUAAUGUGGGCAAGAAUGAACAAGGGAAUCCAAGUCAAAAUUACAAGAAGAUUUUGAAGAAGUGCAAGGGACAAUAAUAUAAGGUAAGUUCUUAAUUUUUGAAUUACCUAGAUUGGAAUACAUAAGGAUGAAUUAGUGUAUGAAAAAUUAAGGAGUGCAAAUUUAGUAAUUUUUGGAGGUUCCAGGGCUCCAUUUACAGGGAAAGGUUAGUUGUUUGAUUGGUAUGAUUAGAAUUAAAGUGUCUUGAGGAAUAUCUCGAUAAUGGAGGAAACCUAUUGAUCAUGUUUUCAGAAGGCGGAGAGAACAAAUCUACAAGCAAUUUAAAUGCAUUUAUAGAAAAGUAUGGGAUAUAUGCGAAUAAUGACUGCGUGGUCAGAACGUGCUUUUUUAAAUAUUUUCAUCCUAAAGAAGCCUAUAUAUAGUAGGGAGUGAUAAAUCAAGAAGUAAUCGAUUCCCUCAUUAAAAUUAAAAGAUAGUACGAGUUAUUAAUGGAGAUCAGAAGGAAAUUAAAAAAAACAAGGGUUCCACUCCUUAUUUGCAAGGAGUCAUUGAAUUAGAGGAAUCAGAGAUAAAUAACAAUGGAGGAUUGGAUUUUGUGUAUCCCAAUGGAGCCACAUUGGUUGUGAAGGACAAAGCAUUCCCAGUUCUUUCGACAGGACCUAUGUCUUAUCCAUGUGAAAGACCCAUAAUGGCGAUCAAUUAGGAUAAAGGGAAGUUAGUGGUUAUAGGUUCUACGGACAUGUUUAAUGACGAAUACUUUGAGAAGGAUGACAACCAGAAGAUCUUCGAUUUUCUGCUUAAAUUUUAUUUUAGUAAAGAUGUCGAAUUUGACAAAAAGGCUCCAUUCAAUGAGUCAGAAAAUAAGAAUGCUCCAGACAUUGCAGAAUUGUCAGAGAAACUUAAGAGUUGUCUAUAAGAGAGUGAGGAAUUGCCUAAGGAUGUGACUACAUUGUUUGAUUCGAGUCUAUUUAAAUUUGAUCUAGAUAUGAUUCCUGAUGCUGUUAAAUUAUAUGAAACUCUUUGUAAUUCACAUUUAUAAUAUGUUAAUUAGCUGUCAAACAUGAACCCUUAACUCUGAUUGUACCCCAAUUUGAAACUCCUUUAUUGGGAUUGUAGCCUGCUUUGUUUCCUCCAAUACCGAGAGAGUUGCCUCCUCCUCCUCUGGAGUUGUUUGAUUUGGACGAAGAGUUUGCAUCCGAGAAGUGAUCUACCCAUCUUAUCAUAAUUAGAGUGAGAUUAGCCUAAUUGACCAACAAAUGCAGCAACGAUGAUUUAGAAUAUUAUGUGAAGGAAGCAGGGGACAUCAUUGGGAUCACUGACAAACUCAAGAAUAGACAGAAGGCGCAGUCAGUCAUUCAUUAUGUUUUAGAGAAUUUGAUCAAUUUUAAAAAACUAAAUUAGGGUUGA